AUGUCAUCUCACGGCUUGUCUCCGCUAAGACGAUUUCGCAUAGGCACCGUGAAUGUUCAUUCAUUUCGGAGUCCGUUUUCUCGAAAAAGUAAUGCGAAAGUAUUGGCAACAAUCCUCGCUCCCUACAAUCUCGAUGUCCUCGCCGUCGAAGAAAUGCGCCAUGAUGAUAAUUGGACUAUCCUUCAUGAACAAUUGUCAUUAAACCAUACAGCUGUUGGAUUAAGCGGUGGUGUAUCGUUCGGGAAUGCAAUUGCAUCGCGUCAUCCAAUUGCCGAAGAGCACAAUCAAAUAACACAAGAACAAUACACAGGUGGUACUCGAGCUAUGCUUCGUUGUCGUUUUGAUGGCGAUCAUCCGUUUGUUCAAAAGCGGACGUUCGCUGUGACACACUUGGAUCACUUUGAUGAAGAUGAUCGUUUGUUGCAGUUGAAAGAAUUCUCAAUGGAUAAAGGCGAUAUUGAUAUUCUGGUUGGCGAUCUGAAUGCGCUUGCAAAAAAUGAUUAUACCGAUGAAUAUUUGAGCGAAGUCGUGCGAGCAAAACGAGAAUUGAGUGGAUGGGAGCAGCCGAGAUUCGAAUUGAUUCAAUCAUUAGUUCAAAUCUACGGCUUUCAGGAUACGUUCCGACAAAUCAAUCCACACUUUCAAAAUACGAAAGUAGUCACAUGUCCAUACGGCACACGAAUCGAUUAUAUCCUUCACCGGCCACUAUCAAAUGAUCUGUGGAAACUAACCGAAUGUUUCAUAGUCGACACACGACGAUCUACCGAUCACAACGCGGUUAUCGCGACUUUUGAAUGCAUGUCACCGAUAAAUCUUUCUAAUUGA